UGGACAACUGUCAAUGCAGACUGACCAAAAUAGAAAAUGCUUUCUUCGCUAGCUAAUACUGUUGGUAUUAGGAGCUGUUGCAUGCUAUCGAGCUAUUGCUCAAUUAAAUUCAAUUUAGUGAGAAGGAUUUUUCCACCGUCCACGAGACAAAGUUCGAACUUCGCGCUUCUGCACCGAUACAGGAUGAACGUUGCGUAUUUUCGUCAACUACCCAACGAGGGACAGUGUGAAAUCACGUUUCAUUUGGCCAGCGACAGAUACAGAAUUGAUAAAGUGUUUAAUUUCUGUCGUAAUAUUACGGAAAAUAUCGAUGCUAGCUUGGAGCGAAUGAAAGCUAACAUUGAGAAGGAGGUAAAGAAAAAAGUUAACAAAAAGAAGAAAAACAAAUCCGCUCCACCGAUGCCUCAAGCGGACACAACAGAACAUGUCCAGGAGGGACUGCCGGCUGUGGAAGUAAGUUUUUUCGAUUAUCUGAAGAAACAAGAUAUCAAAGACAUGACCAUCUCAGACCUGUUAAUCAAACUGGAAGACACGGAUCAGAUCAUUCUGAAAAUAUUGGACGACGAAUUCCGGAUAGAUUUCAAUUCUCCUUCAGUUCAGAUUAUCACGUUGCCACAGUCCAUACUGGCGGGAUUCUAUGUUUACCCAUCGAAGCUCGAAAUGGUGUUUGCUGAGAAGGAACUGUCCGAGUUUGAGUGGUUUCGUGGCGCGAUGCCAAAAUCGAACAAUGCUAGACAAAUCGAAUGGCAUUCAGUUGGGAAAGGAUUCUCAUAUCUGGCAAAAUCCGAAGAUAUCGGCUGCCACUUGAAGGUGGUUUGUACUCCCAAAAACUCCCAGAAAACAGGUGCUCAGUCAGAGAUAGUUUCGACGACGAAAGUAGAAGCCGGUCCCGGUCAGUGUCCCUUCGAAGUGCGCCAUCUGUUCACUCAAAACAAGCUUAGCAAUGAAUUUCAGUUCAGAGUUAUGACCUACAAUAUUCUGGCAGACACGUACGCAGACAGUGAUUACAGUCGAACUGAAUUAUUCGGCUAUUGCCCCAAUUAUGCCCUGCACAUUGACUAUCGAAAGCAAUUGUUCAUUAAGGAGAUCCUCGGUUACAAUGCGGAUAUUGUAUGCCUUCAAGAGGUGGAUCGAAAGAUAUAUGACCUAGACUUGCUGCCUAUACUGCAGUUAAAAGACAUCGAUGGACAUUAUAAGGCAAAGGGGAAAACCACAGAAGGAUUAGCGACUUUUUUCAACAUGGAUCGUUUCGAGGUGCUGGACAGACAAGGCAUCACGAUAGGAGAAAAUUUGGAAACACUCGAAGUCUUCGAAGGUCUCUGGAGCCGUAUUAAAGGCAAUGACAAACUAGCGGAAAGGAUCAAAGCUCGCUCCACGGCUAUCCAGGUUACAUUAUUGCGUUCCCGUCAGAAUCCGCUGAAGCACCUUCUAGUGGCCAACACACACUUCUACUUCCAUCCCGACGCGGAUCACAUCCGGCUAUUGCAGGGUGGCUUUUCGAUGCUUUACGUGCGCGAUUUGUACGAACGGUUCGAACGCGAUCUAAAGCUGGACAGAGACCACUUUGCGAUAUUGUUUUGUGGUGACUUCAACAGUGUGCCAGAGUGUGGAAUGUACCGUUUGAUGACGGAACGGUUCGUCGGAGACGAUAUGGCCGAUUGGCAGAGCCACGAGGAAGAGGCUGUACGCGGUGUAACACUUUCGCAGCCCUUUCUCUUCCAAUCGGCAUGUGGCUGUCCGAAGUUCACCAAUUACACGGUUGGAUUUCAAGCCUGCAUUGAUUUCAUCUACUACCAGAGUGAUGCGUUACGAGUAAACGACGUGGUUCCUCUGCCGAGUGAGGAGGAACUGUUGGCAUACGAAGCAAUCCCAUCGCCUGUGUUUCCAUCAGAUCAUAUUGCUCUGGUGGCCAGUCUCGAGUGGAAUCAAAAAGCAUCCACUACGGACUGUCUCCGGUCUCCUGCCAUCAACACCAGCUGCCUCUGUCUGCGCCGAAAUUGGAGAACCUCCUUUCGAUCUGAUCAUAGACUCGGCGAUCGUAGCCAGGACUGCCAGUUUCUUGUCGAAAACCAACGGUAGAGGGGAGACGCACGCCAACCUCCCCCCAGUGGCAAAACAAUCCUGGUUUGGUGCGAACGACUGGAGGUUCCCAACUGUUCUCGUCGAGAACGGUAUUAGGGACAACUUUCGAGCCAGGGCGAGCUCGAUCGGUCUGCUAGAAUAUUUCAAGGCCAUCAUAGCAGAAAAAUACCAUCUCCACGAGAUCAGAUACUCGGACGGCUCAAAAGGACCAUCGGGAGUUGGAUUUGGGGUAAGCGAUAAUAAUAAUAGUCUGAUUUCCAGCAAGAAACUCGCGGACAUCUGCCAGGUCUUCUCGGCCGAAGUGGCCGGCAUCUUCGAGGCAACUACAACUUCAUCUUCCA